UGACACGAUGGACCCAUCUUUGUCGCAACGACCGGAUCGGGGCGCCAAUGUGACGUUAAAUUCCUUCCAGAUAUUUGUCCAGCCCGGAAUCCGUUUGCCUGCCUCGCUUGCUUGUUCCAUCCAUCCAGUGCAUCUCUCGAUCCAUCCAUCCACGUGCAUAUGCUUACUGCCUAAAAAUGGAACACUUCCGGUUCCGAGUUUCCGGCACCCCCACACAAAAUUGUCCUGGACUCCUUGUCCUGAAGUUUGCUCUUUUUCACAGGAGAUGUCGAGAUGCCGAAAUUGUUCUUGCCUGCCACCCCAGCGGUGUUGCGACAGAGGUUGAACAAGCGCGUCGAACGCAAUGCGCUGAUUACUGCCGUCAUUUCACUGACGUUGUUCGUCCUCUGGCACUUCAAGUUGAACACCAAGGGACCAACGCUCCCACCAUUCUACCCUUUCGAGACGACGAGCGCCUUCUUCCCGGUAGCCCACCAUGACGCCCAAAACAGCACCGUCGAACAGCUCUGUGCUUCCUUUCCUAGCCAUCUGUUACAACGCAUCCAGCCCGUCCUGAAGAUGGGCCAUGGCGAGAACCGCAAGAUGGUCGAUGCGCAACUUGAAAGCGUAUCGGCGUGCUUCAAGCCCGACGAGUUGCUCGUCUUUUCUGACCUUGACGAGAUCAUACACGGCCGCCAUGCCGUCGACAUCCUCGCAAACCUGCCCCGCGCGUACCGCUAUGAAGACGACGAGGGCAACGCGAAUCCGGAUUACGUCAACUACGAGACCAUGUACGCGCUCUCCAACGCGGGCAAGCUGACGGUCGAAAACGAUCCGGCCAGGGGCGAGAACGGCUGGCGUCUCGACAAGUACAAAUUCCUCGCCGGGGCCGAGCGCGCGUGGCAGAUGCGGCCGGGCCGCGACUUUUACGUCUUUUAUGAGACCGACACAUACAUCUCGUGGGACAACAUGUUCCGCCUUCUCUCCAUGCUCGAUCCGCAGGCUCCGUUGUACAUGGGCAGCCCGUCCCCUGGGCGGCACGACGAAAAGAAGAAUGCAGACACGUGGUUCGCUAACGGCGGGCCUGGGUAUGUCCUGUCCCGGGGAGCCAUGGAAAGGCUGUUGAGGCGCCAAACAUCACCCAAGACCGGCCAGUUCACGGAUCCACCAAUCUCGCUCAAGUUCCUGGAUGUGGUGCGAAGCGAUCCAUGCGGCGAUUCCGUCCUGGGCUGGGCGCUGUGGAGCGCGGGCGUCCCAUUGAGCGGCUUCUUCCCCCUCUUCAACACGUAUCCGGCACAUUCGCUUCCCUACACGGAACGGCUGUGGUGCCAACCGUUUGUGACCAUGCACAAACUCAAACCCGCGGACUUGGUUCGUCUCUGGCGGUGGGAGAGCAGCCGGCGAAAGUUAGGAAGUCCGCUUUUGUACUCUGACACGUACGAAUUCUUCCCUGUGGCAACCCCGGAAGUUCGGCACAACUGGGACAACACAAAUUGGGACCGCCUGGCGCCGGGGCGAGACGUCCAUACGGACACCUUCGAGGCCUGUAAGAAGGCUUGUGAAGCUAGCCCCUCGUGUCUCCAGUAUCAUUGGCAGGGCGAGGAGACGAGGAAGUGCGUGUUGCAGCGAUUCAUCAACUUUGGGGUCGCGAAGGACCCCGAGACUAUCAAGAGGAAGGUUCCGAUCCCAGGACCUCCCGGUAGGAAAGAGGGGGGUCGUGCUGGAAAGAAGGAGCAGCAGUUCCGCAUCGUCCAAGAGAAGCUGACAUACACCAGCGGCUGGAUUAAGUCAAGAAUCGACGAUUGGGUCAAGUCGCACAUGUGUUAUACGCCGGAUUGGGUUUACCCUAGCAUCGAGCGGCACUUCUAGGA